AUGGGCAGUGUAGGUCAAAUGUGGAAGAUCUUUGAAGCACAGCAUGCGACUAUCAUUGAUCUCCUCACAAUGCUGCAGGAGGACUUGAAGCAGACAGGCAGUGAUGACAGAACGAAGGGGCUGGAGGACAUGGUCAUCACAAAAGCAACAACAGAGGCAACUGCAGCAGCUCACCAAGUCAGAAACAGUCGGCUACAAGGAUGCAGGACCUCUGUGGAGGAGGCGUUGAACAAGGAAGGGGUCAGCAUGGUUGGCCGCCCGCCACAAACUCUAGACAGGCUUCAGGCAACAUGUGGGCGUACGGUAGCUCAGAGCUCCGCAUAA